AUGUCUGGUAAAGAAUUCCCAGACUCGGAAUCUGUCACUUGGCAAAGUCACCGCCAACACGAACGUCCCCCAGAUCUCCGCUUCCUGCACUUCAAUGACGUCUAUCACAUUGAGUCUGGUUCGGCAGAGCCAGUUGGAGGAAUAUCACGCUUCCAGACUGUGGCGAACCACUACCGCUCACAUCUGCAAUAUGCGAAUCUGCCAGGACUUUUGACACUAUUCUCUGGAGACGCCUUCAAUCCCAGCCUCGAGAGCUCAGUGACUAAAGGUAGGCAUAUGGUGCCUGUUCUCAACAAUCUGGAGACAGCUGUGGCGUGCGUGGGUAAUCAUGACUUAGACUUUGGUGUGGCUCAAUUCCGGCACUUGAAAAACCAGUGCAAUUUUCCUUGGCUACUGGCAAAUGUAUUGGAUCCUGGCCUAGGAGAAAACCAAGCUUUAGGAGGCUGCGAUAAAACCGUAUUAUUGGAAGCUUCGAAUGGUAUCAAGGUCGGUGUUGUUGGACUUGGAGAGCGGGAAUGGCUGGACACCAUCAACUCCCUACCUUCAAACCUGAACUACAAGUCUGCAAGUGAAACCGCAAAAGAACUGAUACCGGAACUUCGUGCCCAAGGCGCACAGAUCAUCAUCGCUCUAACUCACGCCCGAGAGCCUAGCGACAUCAAGCUAGCAGAAAAGACACCACCAGGCCUAAUCGACUUGGUCCUAGGAGGCCAUGAUCACUUCUAUGCGCAUCAAAUCAUCAACGACACCCACGUCCUCAGGUCAGGUACCGACUUCAAGCAGCUCAGCUACAUAGAAGCGCGCCGAAAAGCAAACGAUCAGCCAGGCUGGGACUUUGAUAUCAUCCGCCGCGACAUCACCCGUGCGAUUACGGAAGACAAAGCCACAAUCCAACUUGUUGACAAGCUGACGUCGAGCCUGAGGCACAAACUUGAGAAACCAAUCGGAUACACAGCCGUGCCACUGGAUGGCCGCUUUACCACUGUCAGAACGAAGGAGAGCAAUUUAGGCAACUUCGUCUGCGACCUGAUGCGGCACUACUACGAUGCAGAUUGCGCCCUCAUGGCCGCCGGUACCGUCCGUGGCGAUCAGAUAUACCCACCUGGCGUCUUACUUUUAAAAGACAUACUCAACUGCUUUCCCUUUGAGGAUCCAGUCGUCGUCCUGCGGAUCAACGGCAAAGCGAUACUCGAAGCGCUCGAGAAUUCUGUCGGUCUAGUCCCGGCGCUCGAAGGUCGAUUUCCGCAAGUCUCGAACAUCCACUUCGCAUACAACCCAAACCUAGCUCCGGGAUCCAGGGUCACAUGGACGAAAAUCCAUGGGGAGCCUUUAGUCCUCGACAAGUCAUACACCAUGGCGACGAGGGGCUACAUGGGCCGUGGCAAAGACGGCUAUGACUCUCUCCUUGUUCGCAGCGAAGGCGGCGAGGCUGAAGAGAUCGUCUCCGAAGAGAACGGCAUACUAAUCAGUAUGGUGCUCAGGCAGUAUUUCAUGUCUCUUAAAGUUCUCGGAAAAUGGGCACGCUGGUCAGCCAGUCUGCAUCGCCACUGGGGCGGCGUGCACGACCGUCUCCACGCUGGCAGCAAAGUGCAUGAGCCCAGUACACUCAAGAACGGAACCAAGCAUAAUCGCACUGGCAUUGUACGAGCCUACGCUGAAAAAGCUAAGACGGACGUUGACGGCAGACUCGUGGAUAGCGAUACCGAUGACGAGAAAGACCACCAUUAUGAUGGCCUAGCAUCAAGUGUCGGUAGUGUCGGAAGUGUGGAAGAGAAGAAGGGGAGGGAGAUGCAUAUUGCCAGAGUCUAUACAAGGAGAUGGAUGGACCUGGCGGGGAUAGAGAGGAGGGACGUCGGAAUGGUAGGAGAGAAGACUGGAGAGUGGGACUUGCCUCAUUGGACUAAAGGCAUUGCACCCAGGGUGGAGGGGAGGAUCGUUGUUGAAGGUGACAAUGGUGGUGUGGGUGGAGGUGGAAGCCAUGGAGUAUAA